UUUAUGAAAAUAAAAACUUCGUCUGUCAAACUUUUUCAUCCGCUUUCCGAAAAUUUCAAAGGUGUAUCUCAAAGUGUGCGAAUUUUUCUUCUAUAUAUCAUUUGCAAAGUUGGAUCCUAUUACGGUGCGGUACUGCGCAUGAUCACCACAGCCGGUCGUUUCCUCCGAGAACUCUCAUGCCGGGUCGGUCGCGCGUUCUAAAUCAUCUUUUAGCAAUAAAAGCGAAGAAAAAAAAAACCGAACACCGCCAAACGCAUUAGUUUUCCCUGCAUUACAUCGAUACGAGUGUCGCAAAAAAAAAAGCUACGGAAUUUUAUUGCUGGCCGUUUUGCGUAAGCGUAAGCGUGUGUUUUGGACCGAUCGUUGUCUAAAAUGAUGGUUUCUCCCAUUUGGUGAUACUCCGUUACAGAUACUCCUUGGAAGUGAAGCAGUUGCAGUAACGUACGACUGAGGCCAUGGCUUACCGCAACAACAACCGUCGUGGUGGUGGCGGUGGUGGUGGAGGAGGUGGUGGUGGAGGCGGUGGAGGCGGCGGUGGUGGUGGUGGUGGCGGUGGUGGCAACUUCGGUAACAACUAUGGCAACCGUAUCAAUCCUUGGGAUGCGGGUGUGGGCGGUGUCCGUGUGAACAAUGAUGCGCUCUCAUUUGCCAACAGUUUAAUUAAUAAUCUGCUCGGCAAUCAGAACGCGAACCAGGUACCGUCGCUACUGGACGGUGUUCAGUCAUCCCGGUUCGACGACAUGAAUGGUUAUAACUUUAUUAGGAAUCGAUAUGGUAAAAAUCGUAACAUGAAUGGACGUGGCAUACGCAAACCGGAUGCCGUUGCCCGUACCAAGAAUGUGCUGGCGAAGAAUUAUAAUAAACCGUUUAGCAAAGAUGCACUCGGCAAUGCUGGUACAAGCAGCCGUAAUCAUGAACAUAGUGGCAAUAAGGGAGCAAAAAAGGGUAACCUAGCUGGUGGUGGACCGGCUUCUGCCGCCGGUAGUAGUAGCAGCGCAAAGGAGAAACUUUCCUCCGCCAAGGCAUCACCGUACAUGGACGUGUCGAACGAUUUUCUGUACUGUCACAUGUGCGAUAAGCAUAUGUACGAUGCUACCUCGUUCGAAAACCACAUCACCGGUCGGACGCACCGCGUGAUGAAGGAAAGCAUCGAGGAAAGCUACCGGAUGCGGGCGACCCUGCUCCGACAGGAGGCACGCAUCGCCGAACAGCUCAAAACGAUCGAGAUCGAUCGUCUGAAGCGUAUGGGGAAGGCGAAAAAUUACUACAAGGUGCGCGAGUACUGUCCGAUGUGUGAGCUGUUCUUCUACGGGCACAUCAUUGCCCACCGGCGCUCGGAGAAGCAUUUGGAUUUGAAGAAGUUCCUGCACCCGAAGUGUGAUGACUGCGAGCUGGAGUUCCACAAUCGCACCGAGUACGACGAUCAUUUGCUUUCGGUCGUGCAUAUGAAGAAUUGCAAAUCCAAACCGAGCCGGCUCGAGAUCGAACGAAAGACAAAACAAUUGACCAUCUCUACCAUGAGCGAUGAGUUGUUAGAUAUACGUGAAGAGAUUGCACCCAAAAAACGGAAGGAUAAACCGGAAAGUUCCGGCACGGGUGUGAAGCGAUCCGAAGCGGAUGGGAAACCUUCGACCAAGCAGCACUCGGCACCAGAAACGCAAUCGACAUCGGGCGGCGCGGGUGAAAAUGGUGACACGAGUAAAGUGGACGACGAAACGCCAGCUAUGGCUGACUCGACCGUCGAGGAUGGUAGCGAGUGUGGCAAACCGUCCACAGUGGAGGAUGGUGUCGGUGCAACGCUUGACGAUCCAAAGCUGGACGACGAAUGUCCGGAAGACGAGCUGGCAAAGGAGGAAGAAAGUGAAGACUGCAUACUGGAUUACAAACCGGGCGACGAAAUAGCCCCAGAGAUCGACAACAAAUUGCCCCGGUACAGGAAGAACCGUGCGCUCGGGUUGAGCCUGAUCGGGAAGUUGGAGUGUGUCGAGUGUCGCAUCUGUCACAAGUACUUCGACAGUGAGGCAACUGGCGAAGUGCAUGCCCGUACACAUUCGCACUAUCGUGCAUUUAUACGCUUUCUGAACGAGAAAGCCAUGGAGGUACGCAUCGCCCAGAAGCGUGCGGCGGUUGCGCUUGAGGAAGCCGAAGCGGCCAAGAAGAAGCAAAAGCUUGCGGACGAAAAGAAGCACACAGCGCCGGAGGACGUUAACGGUGAGCCGGGAAAUGCGGGUGAAACCGAAAAGAAGGACUCGGACCUGUACGAUCCAUCCGAGGCGACAGAAUCGGGUGAUGCCAGUAUGGCCGAGGAUGGCAAAAGUGAUGAUGGCCAAACCGGAUCGGAACAGGUCGAACCGAUGGAAACGGAUGUGACCGGUAAGGAUACGGUUGCCAUAUCGACAGCAGCAGCAGCAGCAGCGGCAUCAGCAGCAUCAGUGACGGAUGAUGAUGAGUCUGGCACACAACCGGAACCGGACUCCAGCAAGGAGGAUGAUUAUAAGGAAUCCAAGGAGGACAAACACAACACGAAAGGUGGUAACCGGCGUGGACGAAAUAUACGAUCGGGACGCUUUGCUGGCCGCUAUUAGUUGGGAAGCGGAAGGAAUGUCUUACAAAUGUAGUGCAGCUAGCAAAACAAAUACUUCUUACCAAAGAAAACUGUUUAAACUUCGAUGCUAAUGGCAUACGUGCAAUGAGUUGAUUGUUUCUGAAAGAGAGAGAGAGAGAGAGAGAGAGAGAGAGAGAGAGAGUGAGAGAGAAAGGGUGAGAGAGAUGUCUGCAAAAUUCCGGAUCUACUUGCACCCAUCUACACAGUUGUGGAUCGCAAAACAAAAUCAGACACUCAAAAAGUCACAAGAACAUGGUAAGGAAUGCAAUGGACAUUAAGGACAUUAGUACAUACCGUUUCGGAGAACACACGGUGGCUACCGGAAAGGAAGGGAAAAUGGUAAUCGUCAUGUGGUUUUUUUUCUCGUGUAGCGCAUUUUACGUCCCAACACUACUACUACUACUUACUACUAAUCUACACUGUGGUAGCAUUAUUCGCCCAUUCCGGGUACUCACCUUACGCGGCUACAUUUCUAUCUAACGCAUCUAGCGCAUCUAAACCAAACAAACACACACGAUUUCAGAUGUAAAACCUUUGAUGUGUUUGUAUGUGUGUAUGUGUGUGUGUGUGUAGCGCUUCUAGAAGGAUCAAUCAGGAUGAUCCGUGCAAAUUAAUACCAUAUAUUACCAGAAACAUUGUGGUAAUAUAUCUUUUGUGAACCCCCUUUCGAAGCCAGUUGCACAUUGCAAAAAUAAAAAAGUGAAACAAGCGAGAGGGAGAGAGAGAGAGAGAGAGAGAAAGUGUGUCUGUGUGUCGUGUGUAGAAGGUUUGUGAAAGUGAUUAACAAUCGACUUUACUGUUGGAAUCCUGUCCGGAUUCGUUCGAUGGUGCUUUGUUCGUUCAUUAGCUGUUUGCCUAAUAGUUCUGUAUGUGUGUAUUCAUCCGACGCAAGCUUUCUCGCCGCAUUGUGGCAGAACAUUUGAGUGAUACUACAUGGGGUAUAUGGAGUCGUUUGCACAUGUACGCAAGGGAGGGAGUGAUUGUUUUUUUUUCGUUUACUAAAUCGUAGUGCAAAUGGGCUUGGCACAGAUGAGCACAAUCGCUUGUUAAUGAUAGUAGCAAGAUUUAUACUACAAGUACCACUAACAGACUCACAUACGGUCACAACAGCAGAAACAACAGACUCUUAGUAGUAAGGAGCGUUUCAGAAUGGUUCUGGUAUGUUUUUUUUCUGUUUCAGUUAAAAAAGAUACCAAAAUAAAGGAAAUGAGGAAAAAAGGGAAAAAUGAAGAACGAAAGGAUCGAAAAGAAAUGUAACAAAAAGGAAGAAAAAAUAACACGGAAAACACAAAAGGAAAAAAUAGAAAAAAUAUGAACAAAGAAGGAAGAUAAAAAUGCACAAAAAGAACAAACAGCAUAAAAAUGGAACAAGAAAGAAGAAAAACGAAAGGAAAAAAAUGAAAAGAAACAAUAAGCAACGGAAAGGUAUCCGGAAAGGAGUAAAAAACAAAUAAUAAAAUGAAAUCAAAACGAUCGAAAAGGAAUGCAAAUUCGUAACGUUUAAUUUAGUUUUAAAAAUGGAACCAAUUCCGUACCGGUACGAGUUGUUUGUUUAUUUACAACCUUGCCCAUCACUACAUAGCCAGUAGUAGACAACGAUCUAAACGUAAUGGUAAUUGUUUCUCUUCGUAUACUCUACCCUAGACACCCGGCGCAGCUGUUCAUAACCGAUGUAUUGAUAUGUAUGCAAGCGAACUGUUUCUCGCUAUGUGCAAAAACUGCGCCACAAUAAGUGGCUAAACAAAAAUAUAACAUUAAAGAACCUUCUGUAUAAUGGAAUUGUUUAAAACUGGCACGGGCUGUCUUUAAAAGGAAGAGGCAGCACAUUUCUAACCAUUGUCGUACGAUGUACGAUUCAAUAGCAAUGCAGUCACUAGGACAAUGACACUCUAAUGAAGAGGUCCGCAGUAAAGCAAACAUUUUUCCACCAAUUAACUAAAUACUGUGCAGCUCUCGUUGGGAAUGGAUGGCUACAAAAAAAAACUUCAGCACAUAAAGGCAUUUGAAAAGAAAAAAUAAAAUAAAUAAAUUCGCUUCUAAUUGUGUAGUGCAUAACAAUGCGUCAU